AUGAAAUCGACAAGAUCUUCAAAGCAACAUAAACUUCUUGGAGACUUUAUGAACGUUCUAAUUGAUGCACUCUUACGUUUGUCAUGGAUAAUGAUAUUACUACCAAAAUUCUUCCAUUCACAAGCUCAUGCAAAAGUCACCAUUGACGAUGAUACUGGUUACUUUGUUGAUCCACAAGGAUUUAUUAAAUUAUUUCAUGGAAUCAACUGUGUGCAUAAAGUCGCACCAUUUUACUUUCCAAAACUACUUGACCCUCAUUCAUUCAGAGUACUUAGAGAUUGGGGAAUUAAUGUUAUACGAUUAGAAUUCAACUGGAUAGCAUUAAAACCACAGGAAAACGAAAUCAGUCGAGAGUACUUAGAUAUCAUUGAAACGAUUAUCGACAAUGCUGGAUUAUAUGGAGUUUAUAUCAUCAUUGAUUUGCAUCAAGAUGGAUUAUCGAAACGUCUAGGUGCAAUUGAUGCUGUGCCUAAUUGGUUUAUGGAUAAAAUAAAGCGACCACCAUAUUUAUUUCAAUACCCUUGGCCACUAACGAAAGAUCCAAGUAAAAGCCAAUGGUUUCUAACGUACGCCACAUAUGAGAGUGCACAUGUAUUUGAAAGUAUAUAUAAAAAUGUUUCAGGAAUAUGGAAUUAUUUUGCAGAAUAUUGGAUGAUAACAACUAGUCGUUUCGGGAAGAAAGAUAAUGUUUUAGGUUAUAAUUUGAUAAAUGAACCACCACCUGGAAAUUUUUAUUUAAAUCCAUUCCUUCUUUUGCCUAAUAAUGCAGGUCACAGUCUCUUAUCAUUUUAUGAUUAUUUGGUAAAUGUUAUUCGCCAAACAGACAAGAAUACAUUGAUAUUUUACGAGAGUGUAACUUAUGGAAUAUAUUUUCCAUUUGUUAAUGGAAUACCUGGUACUGGUAUCCAACGUGUUCCCGGUUUAUUACAAGAUGAGACGGCCAGAAAGAAGAGUGUAUUAUCUUAUCAUUACUACUGUUGGUUAUUGGAAUCGACACCAUCUACAGAGAAUAUGCCAUCAUGGAAACGAUAUUUGUGUGAUAAACUUCUCUUGAAUUAUGCAUUCAAUAAUGCGAGAAGUAUAGUUAAAUACACUGGUGGAGGACGGUUUUUAACAGAAUUCGGUCUGUGUCUUCCUGAUGGCAAUCCAGAUUCAAUAAAUACGGUUGAAUGUAACGCUGUGAUGAGUGCAGCCGACAGGAACUUCGAAUCCUGGACUUAUUGGGACGGAAAUGAAUUAUUUCCCAACUUAAUUGUAGACAACAUUUCCUUGAGAUCAUUCAGUCGUACAUAUCCACAAUCAACUGCCGGUCAACCUGUCAAACUGAGAUUCGAUGUCGAUUCAGGUGUGUUUUAUUAUGCUUUUGUACCCACACAGAAGUAUUGUACAAACGUGGACGCAGCAUUGUUAGUUGCAGAGAUUUUUGUUCCAAUGUCGAUUCAUUAUCCAUAUGGAGUGAGAACCCGUUUUGUACCAGAACAAUUAUAUUAUAAAAUGUAUGAAAAUAAUACUAAUUUAAUGUUUGUCUAUGCACCGUGUACGUUGAUCAACACAAAUAUUGAACUUAUGGAAAUAACGAUCAUACCAAACCAAACACAAUAUAAGCAUUCAGACAACAAUUAUAGCCAUUUACCAACUUAUUCGAAAUCUGUAUCAAUAUUAUCGACAAGAUCUUCAAAGCAACAUAAACUUCUUGGAGACUUUAUGAACGUUCUAAUUGAUGCACUCUUACGUUUGUCAUGGAUAAUGAUAUUACUACCAAAAUUCUUCCAUUCACAAGCUCAUGCAAAAGUCACCAUUGACGAUGAUACUGGUUACUUUGUUGAUCCACAAGGAUUUAUUAAAUUAUUUCAUGGAAUCAACUGUGUGCAUAAAGUCGCACCAUUUUACUUUCCAAAACUACUUGACCCUCAUUCAUUCAGAGUACUUAGAGAUUGGGGAAUUAAUGUUAUACGAUUAGAAUUCAACUGGAUAGCAUUAAAACCACAGGAAAACGAAAUCAGUCGAGAGUACUUAGAUAUCAUUGAAACGAUUAUCGACAAUGCUGGAUUAUAUGGAGUUUAUAUCAUCAUUGAUUUGCAUCAAGAUGGAUUAUCGAAACGUCUAGGUGCAAUUGAUGCUGUGCCUAAUUGGUUUAUGGAUAAAAUAAAGCGACCACCAUAUUUAUUUCAAUACCCUUGGCCACUAACGAAAGAUCCAAGUAAAAGCCAAUGGUUUCUAACGUACGCCACAUAUGAGAGUGCACAUGUAUUUGAAAGUAUAUAUAAAAAUGUUUCAGGAAUAUGGAAUUAUUUUGCAGAAUAUUGGAUGAUAACAACUAGUCGUUUCGGGAAGAAAGAUAAUGUUUUAGGUUAUAAUUUGAUAAAUGAACCACCACCUGGAAAUUUUUAUUUAAAUCCAUUCCUUCUUUUGCCUAGUAAGUUUCAAGUAUGCAAUAUUUUAGUAGUAUUGUUUUUGAACAUUUUUAUCAUAUUGCUUUAUUCAUUAUUUCAUGUCUUUUGA